AUGGUGCAGGAUUAUGAAGAGCUCGUUUAUGAUACUUCUUGCGUCCAUGGGUCUCUUGCUCGUAUUCAGAGUGCACUGGAUCAGUUUGAGACUGAUAAGAAACAACUUCGAGAGAUUCUCGACCAAGUGCAGAGAGAUCAUGAACAGUCGUCAGCUGUGUUGACUCAGGUUCGUGGGCAGAUUAACCGCUUUGGCUCGAUCAACUCGGUCGACAGACGACUUCAGAAAGUGGAGAACAACCUGUCUCAGUUGUAUGACCAGGAUGAACGCUUGACGAAGUUGCAUUUAUUGGGGACGUCGACCCUUCUUCAGCCUCCCAAUACACGAGAAAGGGAUCCUGAUACGGAUUGA